GACCUCGAGGGCUACAUCGCCAACUACACAGACCGAACUGCUAUCGACCGCCUCAUCCACAUCGCCAGCAUCUGUCCCUCAAUCGCGACGGAGGCCUUCCAGCUCUGUGUACAGCACAUCCAUCAAUCGCGCGACCCCACCUUGUACCAGGCACUCUUAACAGCGUACGAGCAGACGAGCAACGCGCUGGAUAUGCCCCUUCCGAACCCAUUGGACCUCGCACAGCUCGAUACAAAGUGGAUGGACGAGAUCAUCGCGAAAAAUCAAGCGGAGCGGACAAAGUUGGAAGUCGAACUAAAGACUUAUAGCAACAACAUGAUCAAGGAGAGCAUUAGGAUGGCCCAUCGCGAUUUGGGUGACUUUUAUAGGUCAACGGGGGACUAUGCCACUUCGCUGAAACAUUACACCAAGUCACGCGAGUUCUGCACUACCAGCCAGCAUGUCCUCGACAUGUGCCUUUCUAUACUCGAGGUACGAAGCGGAUUGUCUUUGCUGUGCAUCCAAAUUGUAUUACAUACAUACUCUCAUGAACGCGCGCGUUCGAGCUUCAAACAUCUUUGCGUGCAGAACGGGAUCACUCAGCACAAAAGGGAUACCUAUCAAUCCAAGCUAGACUUGGCGAGCGCACUGUCAUAUCUGGGGCAAGCGAACUACGAGAAGGCUGCACAGUGCUUUUUGAAGUUGAGCGCGGCGAAGGAUUUGGGGGAUUGGGCUGGCAAGCUUAUAGCCCCGGGCGAUAUCGCGAUCUUUGGCACCCUCUGCGCUCUCGCCAGCUUCUCUCGUUCGGCGAUCAAGAGCCGGGUCCUUGAGAACUCGAUCUUUGGGGCUUAUAUUGAGCAGGAGCCGUAUAUUCGGGAGUUGAUCGAAGCUUACAUGAACAGCAACUUCAAGACUGUUCUGGAGCUUUUGUCGCGGUACUCCACGCGUCACUACGUCGAUAUCCACCUCUGCCCGCAUGUACAUGACUUGACGAACCUCAUUCGGAACUGGGCCAUGGUGCUCUACUUCCAGCCCUUCGCCACCAUCAAGCUCGAGCGGAUGAGCGCUGCGUUUGGGUGGACCGUCGAGGAGGUCGAGCAGCAAGUCGUUGCAUUGAUACAGAGUGGGGCUAUACAAGCCCGGGUUGAUAGCCAGAACAAGGUGGGCUUGCAAGCUAAGAAGACAGAUUAUCGUGCGGAGCUUUUUGCACGUACGAUUAAAGCCGGGAAGAGUAUGCAGGCGACGAAUAGGAAGCUGCUUUUG